CAUAGACGAUCUUCGUCGCGUGUGCUUCCUGGACGGAACCAUAGACUGAACGGAACAUGGCGAGAGGAGAAUCAGACGCUGUCGCAGAAACUUGUGUUUUCUGUUUAAUCGCCAACGAUCGGGACAAAGAAACGGAAAUUAUCUCCGAGAACGAGUGGAUGGUGUGUUUCAGGGACAUUGACCCUGCUGCUCCUCACCACUACCUGGUUGUACCCAGACAGCACAUAUGCAGCUACUUGUCACUGCACAGCGGACACAUCGACCUCAUUGAGAGGAUGGCUGAAAUGGGGAGAAAUGUACUACGAGACCAAGGGAUCACUGAUAUGACAGAGACAAGGCUGGGCUUCCACAAACCGCCCUACAUCUCAGUGGCUCACCUCCACCUCCACGUGCUCGCCCCCACCAGCCAAAUCUUAGAAUACAUGGAUUAUAAAUUCAUACCAGACACCAGCUCUUUUAUUACUGAAGAACAUCUAUGCAAGCAGCUACAAAACAUCUUCACUACUGCAGAGCACUGAAAGGCAUUUAAGGAUGUUUAAAGAUGGUUUUUAAUUACUACCUGUUUGUUGUGUGUAUUUUAUGGAACACAGAUUUAUUUAAGAAUACAGGAUGCACCAUGUAUGCAUAUGAUCAUUUGAAAUAGCUUUGGUAAUAAAGCUUCUAUGAGGCAAAAAGCUUCUGGUGUAAACAUCACCUCAAGGCCGUCAUCAUA